AUGCUCAGGCCCAGUAGUCUGCAGAGAGGGAGAGGGAGGCCAGACAGAUCAGGAAACUUGCCCAAAGCCACACCUGCAGGAUUCAAAUCCAGAUGGGGAGGCUCUUCAGCGGGAUGGAGUCUCGGGGGUCCCUCCAGGCCAAGCCAGGGUGACGGCCAUGGCCCAUCGGUGUCCCUCCGCUCUGCUCCCCUCAGAGAGAAGAGGCUCCAGCCGGUGAGCUGCCUAGCCCGCUUCGGAGCCUUCUUCACGGCACCGGUGGUGAUCUUCCACCUGAACAUCCUGUCCUACUUCACCUUCCUCUGGCUCUUCGCCUACGUGCUCAUGGUCGACUUCCAGCCCCUGCCAUCCUGGCGGGAGCUCGUCAUCUACUUCUGGCUCUUCUCCCUGGUGUGCGAGGAGACGCGGCAGGUUCCUGAUUAUUGCAGUGGAUCCUGACUUGAAGAACACAAGUCUUCAAUCAAGUGAUGGAAGACAGAAGAGUGAUAUGUUGAGCAGAAAGGAUGGAAGAGUUUCUACAGGCAACAUGAAUGGACAUGGAAGGACUUUGGAACUUUGAAAUUUUGGCCAUGAAUAAGUGUAAGACUGUGUCAUACAUGUAAACACCACAUGUAUGCAUGUACAUCCUACAUAGCAAAAUAAGAUAUCCAUGGAGUGGGUAAUUACAUGACAUACAUGAUAACAAAGACACACUGAUGAGAAAUUUCUGUGGGAAAUUCAAACAGAAAGUGAUAUCCUUUUCUGCAUGAGUUUGCACAGAAAUUUAGAAUGAUGUAUAUAUUUAAAUCUGUACUAAACUUACUAAUUGACUAACGAGCUAACUUUUCAGAGUAAGUUUAUUAAUAGUCUAACUACUAACAUUAGUAAUAGCCUAUUGAAUUUGUUUAAGGCUUAAGAAAGUAGAGACAUAGAAGUUCUGAAGCAUGGAAGUUAUAUUGUAUUAUGAUUGUAGGUUAGCAUUUAUUAGUGAUAGGAAAUUUUACUUAGUGAAUUUAUAGACAUUAGGAAUUAGAAUAUUUGCAUAUUCUUAAUGAUAGGGGAAUUGUUGAGAUGAUUUGGAAAUUGUUAUUUGCUUUGUUAUGUGAAACUAUGUUCAUGUAACCAUUUUCCUAUAACCCAUUCUUAGCUUAGCAUUUAGAUAGAACAGCUAAGAUGAGUUUAGCAUUUUGUAAUGGGGGGGGUAGAGUAUAUUUCAGAUAGCAAAGAGUUAAGAUAGAUAGAUAAAAUUAUUAAGGUAAGUAUCAUUGAAAAAUGAAAGUUACAUUUUUUGCUAAUAAAAGGGGGGAUUUGCGGUAGAGACAUGGAGAGAGAGAGAGAGGACUUGUAAGCCAAGAUGCAAGAAACAAGCUGGGGACCUAACCUGCCUGUCAAUCAAGAGGAAGGUUCCAAAUGGAAUGUUCCCAGGAGUGGCAGUUGGGGGUUUCUGGCCACAGAGAGGAGAAGGAGAAACUUGGCUUUAACUUUGGCUCUCUGACUCAGGCAGUUAAGCUGGCCAGGAGAAACUAUGACAGAGAGAGGAGAAGAAGGAGAAAUUGGCUUUUGGAGUUGGUUGUCUCUUUGAGAGUUGAGCUGGCCAGGAGAAACUGGGAGACUUUGGACUUUGUUUUCUGUCUGGGGUUAAUUAAGCUGAGAGACCUUGCUGACUUUGUGAAGUAAAAGAAGAUUUUAAACAGCUGUUGUCCUUCAUCUCUCUGUCUUAGAGUCACAGUUUGUGAAUGGACUACUCUCUCAAACCCUCAAAUUCUCCCUCAUUAUAGAUGAGGGAAAUCCUCAUCCCUCUUACCUCAGUUUCCUAUCCUGUUAUCCCAAUAAACCCCUUGACUUGAAAAAGGAAAAGAAAAGAGUAUCUUUAUACUUUACUCAAGGGAGGAGGGAAGAAGCCAAAAGCUUCAAGAAGAACUGGGAGGUGAGGGAGGCAGGAAGGAGAGUGUUGGAGAA